AUGAAGCAAUUAUCACUGUCGCCUCGAUGUUGGCUUCUGAUCGGGAUGUUGGUGCACCGACCGGUCUCAGCGCUUGCAGGAUGGAAGAAUGAGGCAAUCUGUUCCUGGAAUCCAGUGACGCCGCUGCUCGAAAAUCGCUUCUGCGAGCUAAAUCGGGAGACCACGACACCAAUCCCGCGACAGAACGAGACUGAAAACGAAGGGCACGAGCUGGGUUGGAGAGGCCCACACGGAUGUGUCGAGGGCUUUUGCUUGUACUCAAACCCAGGAUUCUACGGUGGCAGAGGAAUCGUAGCGAUUACUCUAGAGGUGCAUCUGCCGACGCUGAAGGGCCUGCAAUCACAACUUCGAGGCCUUGAUGCCCCGUCCUCGUUCCACGUCGAGGAAGUGCCCGGGAAAGGGCUCGGUGUGAUAGCAGAUCGCGAACUGAACAGAGGAGAAGCCGUCAUGCCAAGACCUCCAGCGCUCCUCGCACACAGGCGAUUCUUGGAGGACCACGCAUCCUCGGAACAGCAACACGCCCUCCUCGACAAGGCCGUCACCUUUCUCCCCGCAGAGACUGGGAAGUUGUUUCUCUCCCAGAUGGCUCACCUCGGCGGCCACCGCGUCAACGACAUUCUCAUGACGAACGGCUUUCAAGUCGUUCUCGGUGGACCAGAUAGCCACCACUAUGGGAACUACCCCGAAAUCUCGCGACUCAACCACGACUGCCGGCCGAACAUGGCUUACUACAUCGACUCCGACUUUGUCCAUCGCACCAGAGCGGUCCGGAAGAUCGUCCCGGGCGAGGAGCUCACUGUGACGUACCUCGACCCAUUCCAGGACCGGGACGCAAGAAAGCGUCGCGCCCACAAGGCCUGGGGCUUCGAUUGCCAAUGUCUGCAAUGCAGCCUCCCUGAUGCCCUCGCAGAUGCCAGUGACGCACGAUUGCGGCGGAUCCGUGUGCUGGAGGAGCGCAUGGAGAACCUGGAGAAGCACCUGACGAUGGAUGACAUCCGUGAAUUGAUGAAGUUGUACAGAGUGGAACGGCUGGAAACUAAGCUUGCUGGGGGGUUGACAUUGGCGGCGAUGAAUGCCAAUUUGCUAGGCAGAGCAACUGAGGCGAGAGAGUACGCGCUGCGGGCAGUGGAGGCGGGCAUCAUCGAAAGGGGUGAGACUGAGGAUGUGAAGUCAAUGAGAUUGUUGGCACAGGAUCCCAAGGGGCACUUUACAUGGAGAGGGCGUAUGUGA